AGAUGGUUCUGUUGGAGAGUGAGCAGUUUCUCACAGAGCUUACACGUUUGUUCCAGAAAUGCCGGACAUCUGGGAGUGUUUAUAUUACACUAAAAAAAUAUGACGGUCGAACGAAGCCAGUUCCCCGGAAAGGCCAGUCUGAGAGCUUUGAACCAGCAGAUAACAAAUGCCUUCUGAGAGCGACGGAUGGAAAGAAGAAAAUCAGCACAGUGGUCAGCUCAAAAGAAGUCAACAAGUUCCAAAUGGCCUACUCCAACCUCCUCCGGGCGAAUAUGGAUGGACUGAAAAAGAAAGACAAGAAGAGUAAAAAUAAAAAGAGCAGUGCGGCUCAAUAAUGGACUUGAUUUAGUUGUUUUCCUUAUACCAGUCGGCCUCCUAAUACAAGAGAUGGGUGCAGUAAAGGAGCACAGACCCUGUCUACCUGCCACAUCACUGGCAAUAAACAAUAGAGCAUUACCUGCUGGGCUGGAUGGCUGCAAAUGGUUAAACUUUCAUUUACUGCAUCGCUGCUGCUGCUGAGAUGUUAUUUUGUCCAGAUGUAAAGGAGUUUUACUGGACAUAUUCUGUGUCCUGUCGGGGCAUUUACAGUUUGUUCAUUAAAGAGAACGCUACGUUUUUAUUGCUGCUUCUGUGAUGCCGGCUCACUUGUUUCAUGGUAAGCAUUUUAUAAUUCACUGCAGUAGCAUGUGAUUCAGCUCUAUAUCAUAUUAUCCAUUUGGUUUUCUUUACUUUACCAGUCUAAAAUAAACCGCAAGAGAAGAAAAUGAGCAAAAAGACACAAGUGUAAAAGUUUUUAUUUUAAGUUACCCAUACCUACAGGUAUAGGACUUGUUAUCCGGAAUGCUCGGGACCUGGGGUUUUCCGGAUAACACAUCUUUCCGUAAUUUGGAUCUUCAUACCUUGUCAAUUAGAAAAUCAUGUAAACAUUAAAGGGAUACUGUCAUGGGAAAACAUGUUUUUUUUUUCAAAACGCAUCAGUUAAUAGUGCUACUCCAGCAGAAUUCUGCACUGAAAUCAGUUUCUCAAAAGAGCAAACAGAUUUUUUUAUAUUUAAUUUUGAAAUCUGACAUGGAGCUAGACAUAUUUUUAGUUUCCCAGCUGCUCCCACUCACAUGCUCAGUGGGCUCUGAGCAGCUGUUGAGAAGCUAAGCUUAGGGGUCGUCAUUAAUUAUCCAGCAGAAAAUGAGGUUGGUCUGUAAUAUAAGCUGAUGCUACAGGGCUGAUUAUUAAAUUCUGAUGCUAAUUGCA